AUACGCAGUGGGGACAGUUGUUUUCUGCGAAGACAACAACAAUCAAAAUCAAACAACGAGGACGGAUUGAGGAAACAAAGGUCUCGCUGAUUGCGUCCGAGUUUUAAAGCUUGAGAGUGUAAAAUGACGAAUUCCCCCAAGUCGUACAAGGAAAAGAAAACGUUCGCUCAACGUGUGAAAGAUAUUCAAAAGGUUCAAGCCAAAUAUCCGGGCAAAAUACCAGUCAUUGUGGAAAGAUUCAAGAAAGAAAAGCAGCUACCAUUACUCUCUCGAACAAAGUUUUUGAUCCCGGAUCAUCUUACUGUUGGCUACAUCAUCAUGCAAAUCAGGCGAAUGUUGCAGCUGAAUCCAACCCAAGCAGUCUUUCUUCUCGUCAAUCAGAGGAGUAUGGCAAGUCAAACAAUGACCAUGUCCCAGCUUUACAACCAAGAAAAGGAUCCUGAUGGUUUCUUGUACAUUGUUUAUGCUUCACAAGAAACCUUUGGCUCUAAAUAAGUGAUCUCCCUCAAAUUUAUUUUGUUUUGCUAAUUUGUUUAAUUUGGUUCUUUUUAUUCUUUUGACAUACAUUUUAUUUUAAGAGAAAUUUGUAUUUUCGUGACUUCUAUCUCAUAGAAGGUAUUGUUAUUUCCUGGUUAUUUAUCACUGUGUAUAAAAGCAUAUAAUAUAGAAAAAUUUAUGUAGUUUGUAUCUACCAACUAACGUAAAUGGUUUCAGCAUUCUUAUGGUUUAUGGCUUAUGCAUAUGCCACCCAAUCUUGAAUAAAUUCUCUCCAGCUAAGUAUAGUAUCUUUCCCUUUUGUACUUAGCCCUUCUUAGAGCCACUCUUCUCCCUUUUCUUGCAGAAAAGGAAGUUUCUUUUAGUGUGUGCAUGUCUUUCUUUGUAAGGGUUAAUGUAUUCAGAAUCAUUUUUACUUCCUUUUAUGUCGCUUCCAUGUUAGCAACUUGUUGCCAUCAACUUAAUGUUCCAUGACUGUUUUCUCUUUCAUUGGUGAAGGCUAGUAAAGCUGACUGAAAAAGAAAUGCUUUUCAAAUUUGGUAAAAUUUGUUUUUUUUAUGAGUGAAGAAUGUACUCUCGAAGAUUGGAUUGUUCUUGAUACUAUCAAAUCAUUGUUUCUUUAUAAUGGUGCUAUGCCAAAUUUAUUUGUCUAGUUUUGAGGAAAUGUUUUUGUUUCAACAGGUUUUAAGUGUUAUGAUUUGACUUGGGGAGUCUUAACUGCUUUGAUUAACCAGUUCCAUUUCUUCCCUCAGAAUUGCUUAUUGAUUCGGCCAGUUAAUGGCUAUUUCAGUACUAACAUUGAGACAUUUCCUUCUGUAAGGAUGGAAUGAGUGUCCUGGUGUUAAGCAAGGAACUGUAUGAUGUAUGAGUUGAUUGUUACCAAAUGUGCAAAUGUAUGUUGCUAAAAUCCUGAAAGCAACUAAAUUUUAAGCGUUCCUCUUGUUUUUUUGAGUCUUACAUUGUCUCUCUAGUGAAAAGAUUGUGAAAGUGGGAAGGCAUCUUUGUACAUAGGUUUGAGUUGUAGCUUGAAAAUUAGUUUUUGUUUAUUGUUUUAUAUAUUUAGAGUUUUGCCCCUUAAAUUUUAGGAGUAAUUGUAGGAAGUAAUGCGCUCUUGUGUUUGCUGCUUCCUCCUAAGAUGCAAGCUAGUGCACUACUGUGUGAGUUAUUGUGAUGUUCUGCAAGUGAUAUGUACAAACUAAGUCAGUUUCAUAUAAAAUAAAGAAAUGAAAAAAAAAA